AUGGAACACCGAGAGCGGUUAGAAGAUAUAAAAAACACUUGCAUCGUCAGAUACGAUUAUGAAUAUAGUCCGCUCGAAGUUUGCAAGCUACUCCAAUUCUCCCUCGAUCUGUGGUGCUGUCGGAUGGUGCGCUUCAAGAACAAUCUGAGUCCCAAGUUCGAGAUUGUUCGGAAGGAAAUUCGAUGUGCCCAGUCUGUUUGUGUUCAGUACACCGCACGGCAAAUUUACCAUCGCCGAAGAGCUUUCUCCCAAGGUGAUUAUUACGAUGAGCUCGAGAGUUACCCCCAGUUGGACUGCUGGCUAAGAAUCGUCGGUCUGACCGACAAUGGAGUCAACAGCAUUAAGGAGGUGACAGGUGGAAACUUCGAUCAACUGUUCAAACGGACGGAGGACCAGAUAAAAGAUGCUCUCUGUGACGGAGAAGCGGAGGAUCGGGCCCAUCUUGUUGUUGCUCUGAGAAAUCUGCGGAUGAUCGUGGAUCGAUAUCUGACCACGGACUACCCGACGGGCAAGUUCGUCGAUUACAAUGAGGAUCUCAGCUGGGAAUACCUGGGGAAGGCGGAAUAUCAGACGGCUCAGCCUGGAACUCCCCACCGAGGAACCGCGCCUAAGGUCCCACCAAAGCCGAUCCUGCCUCGCGCCGCGAAAACGCCCCCGAUCCCGCGUAAAACAACUACGUUUCCGGAAAUCGCAAGCAGUGGAGGGGUGCCGAAGUCUCGUCUGGAUCAACUACGAUCCGAUCGAGAACAAGGCCAUCGUUUCACCCGAAGAAGACUUCAGACCGAGCCCACGCCCGGCUCGGCCGGGCGGUUGUCGCCUUCGAGAAGUCCCUCUUACGCGACAUCGCCCGACGCUUCGGUGGACGCUUGCUUUUCCGAUAAUCUCGAGAAAAAUCGCGCAGUAGUCAGCAACCAAAGUCACCAGCGUUCACAACAAUCCGAUAGGUUCGCCGUCACCUCUACCGGCCAGUCUGUUCCUCGUUCUCCCCGGCUGCCGGGCAUGAGCCACGCGAUUCGUCACCGGUUUUCGCCGUUCGUCAAGGUGACCAAUUGCCAACAAUGUGAUAAACCAAUGUUUUUCGGGUACAGAUGCAGAGAGUGCAAGUUCCGCUGUCACCGAGACUGCGUAGAGAAGGUGCCCCCGAGUUGUGGUCUUCCAAACGAGCUUCUCGACGCCUUCGCCCAAAGAUAUCAGCAGGGUGCAUUCGAAAACCUGAGUGGACCGCUGGGGAGCCAUUCCCCUUCGGGAGGGAGAUUGCCAAAGCACGCUAUAGCCGGGAAUUCACGCGGAGUAUCAUCUCAGCAGACUGGAGACUCCUCCAGCACGACGUCGUCCUGCGCGUCCUCGGCUCCCGGUUCGCCUCAAGUGAUGGCGGGUCCGAGUGGCAGGAAGUUCAAAUUCCCAGUCCAAGAUGAUCUCAAACGAGGAGGGAAAGAGCAACAGAGUCAGGGGGACCUCUCGGUCGCUGGAGAAACGAAGAAUGCUUCCAUGACCGACUCGGAGCAAACCGUCGUUUCUGGCAACUCUAAUUCCGGUAGCGUUAGUACUGACAGUGAGAAGACGUUGGCACAUAGAAUCGGCUCGCAGGAUUCACAAGUAUCGAACGAUGGUGGCGACGCCGAUGGUCCGGAUCACAUCUGGCCGCGACAGAGCAGUCUGUCCUCUCGCGAAUGGGAUAUCCCACUGGAUGAAGUCAUUCUAGAAGAGAAACUUGGCGACGGCCAGUUUGGAGUCGUCCACAAAGGGAACUGGCACGGUGCUGUAGCGGUUAAGAUGCUCAACAUGGAAUCGGCGUCACAUCAGAGACGAUCUGAGAUAAUGGCCACAUUCAGGCAGGAGGUCGCAACUUUCCGAAAGACGCGGCAUGAGAAUCUUGUCUUGUUCAUGGGAGCUUGCGUGAAACCACCGAAUUUAGCCAUCGUGACAUCUUUGUGCAAAGGACUGACGCUCUAUCGGCAUUUACAUUUUCAAACGGACAAGUUCAAUCACAACCGAAUCGGCAGCAUAGCGCGGCAGAUCUGUUUGGGCAUGGGCUACCUACACGCGAGAGGUAUCCUGCACAAGGAUCUCAAGACAAAGAAUAUAUUCUACGAGAAUGGCAAGGUAGUCAUUACCGAUUUCGGUCUGUUCUCGGUAGCGAAACUUUGUCAAGAAGGCCGCAGAGGAAACUACCUGACGAUUCCUCGCGGAUGGCUCUAUUAUUUGGCUCCGGAGCUCCUCAAGGAUCUUCGGCCGGGAGUUGAGCACCCAGAUCUCUCAUUUUCAACUCGUAGUGACGUUUACGCAUUCGGAACUGUAUUUUUCGAACUGCUCACCGGCACCUGGCCAUUCCGCGAUCAACCUCCAGAAAGUAUCAUUUAUCAAGUGGCGAAAGGCAUCAAGCCCUCACUAGCGAAUCUCUAUUCUAUUGUUGAAUACAAAGAUAUUUUGAUGUUUUGUUGGUCGUAUCAGGCCCAUGAUCGGCCGGAUUUUACAAGACUUCAGGGUCACCUCGAGAGACUUCCGAAGCGAAAACUUUCACGAUGCCCAUCCCAACCUUCUAACCCGACUCGGUCGAACGAGUCAACAUUUUAAAAUUUCACUCUGAAGUGCGAAACGAUCCGCCGCGUCGACGUAUGAGAUGAAGACCCGGCAUCGAGAUAUCAAGAAACCUAAGAGGCCUCUGGAACAAUGUGAACAGCUAUUGUGGUAGAUCUGACGUGCAGAACUUUAUUGUCUCUAUUGUCUAAUCGAAGGACGGAGUGAUGUGUACAUUAUUAUCGGGCCAGCUCAAUCAGCGGUCACAAGAGCAGCAGCAACAACGAGUACCUUGACAUUUUCUGGAGAUAGUAGCGAGCUUGUAUCAAUAAAUUCCAUCCAGACGUG